UUUCCUGCUGAGCGGAUGUGUCACUCUGUCGAAGAGACAUGAGCUCGCUACAGUUCAACAGCGUCCUGCUGGAGAUCUCGAACCAGCUGUCCGGCGACGAGCUGGACAAGAUGAAGUUCCUGUGUCGGGACAAGAUCGGGAAGAAGGACAUGGAGAAGAUCAGCAGCGGAGUCCGGCUCUUCCAGCUGCUGACGGAGAGAGGCGAGCUGGGAGCGGAGAAACCCGAGUUCUUGUCCAAGUGCCUCGAACACAUCCGGCGGAGAGACCUGGCGGACAUGCUGCAGAGUUUCGAAAGCCCCUGUGGGAUCGGCAGCCACCCGGACCGGGAGGAGACAGCUAAACUGGACAUUGCCACAGAGGUGAUCGCAGAAAACCUGGGAAAGAUGUGGCGCAAACUGGGCCGCAAACUUGGUUUGAAUGAAGUGAAGCUGGAGUCCAUCUACAGGAGGCAUCCCACGGACCUGGAGGAGACGGUGGUGGAACUGCUAAAGGAUUGGAGGAAGAGUCGGGGUGCCGAGGCCCAAACCAACGAGCUGCUGAAGGCCCUCAGGGACUGUCAGUUCAACCUGACAGCUGCUAAAGUGGAGGACAAAUUGGCAGACACGGGAUAUUGAUGAAGAUCUACAGAUCAAACGAGACAAACUAUGGGAAUUAAAAUGAUAAAUGAGAUGAAUUAAAUGAUGAUUGUUGAAGAAAUGAAUGGAAAGUGAAAGUGAGAUUAAAGAGUUGACAUUUUUUAGUUUAAA